AUGGACCCCCGUACCAGUGCCCAAGACGUGAUGCGAUGCGACCUGUGUGAGACCGCUGUAGUACAGAUGCACUGUGAUACAUGUCUUGUCAACAUUUGUAAGGCCUGUGUGGGAGAACACAUCUCAACAGAUGAAUCCAAGGAUCACAAAAUCGUCAAAUUUCAGUCCAGAAAAUCAACCCCCCUCUACCCUGGAUGUGCAACUCAUGAUAAAGAACGAUGUGAAAUGUACUGUAAACAAUGUGACAUUCCUUUACAAACUCUACGGAAACAUCUGGAUGAAAUAACCAAGACAAUGUCUGACAUCAGGGAUGAAAUUAAAGCAGUUAAUGCCACCAUAGACACUAAUGACUUGUCAAAACUGUUUGGGACUAAAUUCAAUAAAGAGAGAUACCAAAUGCUUCCACAGAAAAUUGUGCCAUCUUUACCUAAAUUCUUGCCAGGGAAAAUUCAUGAAAAAGAACUUCAUGACAGGUUUGGAGCUUUAGAACUAAGUUCUCUUACUUCAGAUAAACAUGGGUACAGCAUGAAGACAGCACAGAAAUCACCAAAAGCUGGAUCCUCUUCUCCAGUUAAACAGCUGCUUGAUAAACCAGAGGCUGUCACCACCAUACACACUGGGUAUAAAGACCUUUACCGUGUGGCCUGUCUAAGUGAUGAAGACAUCUGGACAAGUGGAGAUGAAAACAUCAUGAAACUCUUCAGCAUCAAUCUGGGAUCAUUACUCAAGUCAAUCAGAACCAAGUCAGGGAACGAACCAUCUGACAUAGCAGUGACAAAAAGUGGAGAUCUAGUUUAUAUCGAUACCAAUGAUAGAACUGUGAACAUUGUGAAGAAUAUGAAGAUAAAGGAGGUGAUCAGACUACAGAACUGGAGACCUCGCGGUGUCUGUAGUACCUCCUCUGAUGACCUGGUUAUCAUGGUCAGUGAUGAUAAAAGAACAAAAGUUGUCCAUUACUCUGGCUCCACAGAGAAACAAACCAUUCAGUUUGAUGAUAACGGUAAACCUCUCUAUUCAUCUGGUAGUUAUAUAACUGAGAACAGGAUCCUGGAUAUCUGUGUCUCUGACCGUGAAGCUGGAGAAGUAGUGGUGGUCAAUCAGGCCGGGAAACUGAGAUUCAGGUACAAUGGACAUACUCCUGCUCCAAAGAACAAACCAUUCAGUCCACUAGGAAUCACCACAGACAGUCAGAGUCACAUCCUUACAGCUGAUGAUAACAAUAACUGUGUUCACAUCAUAGACCAGAAUGGACAGUUCCUCCGUUACAUAGAAUGUGGACUGAGUGGUCCAAUGGGACUAUGUUUAGAUACAAAUGACAAUCUGUUUGUUGCUCAGUGGAUAAGAAGACAAGUGAAGAAAAUCAAAUAUAUGCAGUGAUGUUAUUGUACUGUAUACCAUGGUAUAAUGUAGCAUUUUAAGGAUAAUACAAGUCAGUGCAUUCACAAAAGAAUGGUCUUGCAUAUAGGUAGUCAUAUUCCUUGUUUGUCAAAGAUGAAUGUAUUCAAAUGAGUUUGAUAUUAAUUUAACAUAUGUUUGAUGUCAAUAUAACAUUUUUUUUCAAAAACUGUGUCUUAAAGUAAUCUUCUCUGAUUCAGCCUCACUAAACUUUGCUCAUAUAUAAUUUUAGAUAAGUCCAGGAAUACUACAUGUUUGUGUGUGCUAAAUCACUU